AUGUCAGCCCGGGGAGGUAAACGAAAGGCAAAGACAUUAUCCAAGUCGGCCAGGGCUGGGGUUUUAUUUCCCGUCGGUCGAAUGAAUAGAUAUUUGAGACAGCAGACUGUGCGAUACAGAAUCGGAUCGGGCGCUCCGAUUUAUUUGGCUGCUGUCAUCGAAUAUUUGACAGCUGAAGUCCUAGAGCUUGCAGGCAAUGCUGCCAGAGACAAUAAGAGAGGCAGGGUGACUCCAAGACACAUCCUACUUGCAGUUGCCAAUGAUGAGGAAUUACAUCAGUUGCUGAAGAAUGUAACAAUAGCUGCAGGGGGAGUCUUGCCACAUGUCCACCCAGAGUUACUUAUGCGGAAGAAGGGAGGAAGAUUUGGAAACCUUGGCAGUAGUGCCACUCCUGUUCUCACACCUGCAGCUAAGAAACAAGCUGGGGCAGUACCAUCAACUCCUGUUAAGAAAAGUGUACCCAAGAAGGCAGUUCCACAGCCAACACCACAAAGUCCAAAACCUACUAAAACUGUCCCUUCCCCCACCUCUAAGGCCAGUAAAGCCACCAAGGCAAAAGCUGCAAAGGGGAAAGUAGUUGAACAUACCAAGAAAUCUGUAGAUGGUUUCACAAUCCUCUCAGAGAAGAAGCUGUUCCUUGGACAGAAGUUGACAGUUCUGCAGGGUGAUUUGGUCAAAGUCGCAGCUGAUGCAAUUGUUCACCCAACUAAUUCCUCUCUUUCAAUGGUAGGAGAAGUAGGUUCUGCAAUAGAAAAGGCAGGUGGAAAAGAAUUUUCUCAGGAAGUGAAGGAUCUGUUGAGUAACAAUGGCAAUCUAGAUAUUUCAGGAGCUGCAAUCUGUCCUGGCCAUAAUUUUCCUGCUAAAUAUGUGGUUCACGUCAAUGGUCCAACAUGGAGUACACCAAAUUGUCAACAGGCUCUUGAGAAGGCCGUCACAAAUUGUUUAAAAUUAGCAGAUACCAAGAAAUUAAGAAUUAUAGCAUUUCCUUCAAUUGGAAGUGGCCGUGGUGGAUUCCCCAAGCAGACAGCAGCACAGAUCAUUCUAAAAGCUAUCAGUAAUUACUUUACUGGUGUCAUGGGAAGCUCCCUGAAGCAAAUUUACUUUGUUCUAUAUGAUAUGGAGAGUAUAGGGGUGUAUACCAGUGAACUUGCUAGACUAGAGUAG